AUGCACAAUGUCAUCGAUGCGCAAAUGCUAGGGACGUGGUCGCCGAACCAUGGGCCAUUUGAGAGAAGGCAGAAUGGCAACAAUAAUCGUAAUGGACAAAACAAUGGUCCCGACACCAGCGCGUUCACUAUCGUGAAUGGACGAAUUUUUACACCGGGCUUAGGGAUAAUACUAGCACCCCAGCCCUUUACGCCCAUGGGCGGCGACUUCCUUCACAUCGCGCUCGAUAUCUCAGGCGAUGGUAAACUCCCCGUACCGCCACGCAACAUUGCCGAUCCGCUCACACAAGUCUUCAACUUUACGCUCUUCCUCACAUCUACAAUUACGCAGAAGAACUUCACGAUAUCGAACCUAACGACCUCCACACCACCAUUCGCAGACAUACUAGAUCAAGAAAGCGGCCAAACAGUCAAGCACAUUAACUUCGAAUGGCCGGAGUGUUUAGUCGGAGAUAACAACGAAGAUGAGGGUUCAACUGCGAGGGGAGACUACAACAUCAGUAUACACCAGAACUACCGACUGAAUGGCGUGGAACGGUACACCAUCUUCAACCUUCCCAUUAGUGUUACAAACAGCAUUCAGCGCUUUCCCGGUGCUUCGCAACUUACCACGAAACCUGCUCCCGGUCCGCUCAGCGCAAACGGAGGACGAAUGCCCUGCGCAAUGAUCGAAAACCCGUUGGAGGACUUCCAGACACAGGUCAACAGUGUUAAUAAUCCACCGGGGCAACCCAUACAGGACAUUCCGCUCGAGACGAGCGCAAGGAGUGAUGGCGGUCAAGUUGGAGGAAAUGGAGCGGACGAAGGAUCGAGUGGGAGCGGGAAUGUGGGUGGGAAUGGAAAUAGCCAAGGCGGUAGGAAUGGUCAGGGAGAGAUCGCACCAGGACAAGGUGGUAACGCUGCACUGGGAGGAGCUGUGAAGAUGUCUGGCGAAUCCUUUUCAAUACUCAUGAUUGGCAUGUUGGGAGCGGUCGUAGUGAUGUGCACAUCUGUUAGUUGGUAG